CAUUUAUGAGGGUUAGAUAAGUGUAAGUCGGUUAGCAAACAAAUCAAACAUCGAGGCACAGGCAAGCAAGCAGGCUCACUCCACAACUCAGAAAUGGCGGGUGGUGAAGCUAAAGAGAUCCAUGCAGUGAUGUUCCCCUAUUUUGCUUUCGGCCAUAUUAGCCCAUUCAUUCAACUCUCUAACAAGCUUUCCCUUCAUGGAUUUCGAAUAUCUUUCCUCACGCCUCCCGGUAAUGUUUCACGCAUCAAAUCUUCAUUUCUUGUCACCUCAACCAUCCAAAUCAUCCCCAUCCAGAUUCCCAAGGUCCAAGGCCUUCCUACUCAUCUCCACAACACCUCUGAGAUGACACCUGCAAUGCACGAGCUCCUCAAGGAGGCCGUGGAUCUCAUGCAGCCUCAAAUCAAAACUCUCCUCUCAGAGCUCCGACCCCAGUUUGUCUUCUUUGAUUUCGCCCAUCACUGGGUUCCCAAACUCUGCUCUCAACUUGGCAUCAAGACGCUUUCCUUCUCCGUCUUCUCUGCCAUCUCUGGUGCUUACGUUACUGUCCCCGCAAGAUUUAUUGGAGUUGAAACUGAGGAGCCCACCGUUGACGAUCUAAAGAAACCGCCAUGCGGCUACCCGCAAACCUCCUUUACCUCUCUCAAAGCAUUCCAGGCGCAAGACUUGUCUUAUGUUUACAAGAGCUUUAAUGGUCGCCCUGCGGUUUACCAUACAGCCGUUGACGGCUUCAACAGUUGCAGUGCUAUAGUUUUGAAAAGCUGCAACGAAAUGGAAGGUCCUUACGUUGAUUUCAUCAAGACCCAAUAUCAAAAGCCAGUUUUAUUAACUGGUCCACUUACUCCAGACCCACCCUCCGGUGUGCUCGACGAGAAAUGGGCAACUUGGUUGGCUCAACAUCCACCCGAGUCUGUCAUAUUUUGCUCUUUUGGCAGCGAAACGUUUCUCAAAGAUGAUCAAUUAAAAGAACUGGCUACUGGUUUGGAGCUCACAGGAUUGCCAUUUAUUCUGGUAGUGAACUUCCCGGGUGGAGUGGAAGCCCGGGCGGAGCUUGACAGGGUCUUGCCAAAAGGGUUCAUGGAGGCGAUUAAGGGAAGAGGGGUUGUCCACUCGGGAUGGGUCCAACAACAACUUAUAUUGGCACACGAGAGUGUGGGUUGUUGCAUUUGCCACUCUGGGUUUAGUUCCAUUAUGGAAGCUUUGAUGAACGAUUGCCAGUUGGUGUUGCUGCCAUUGAAGGGUGACCAGUUCUUGAACGCCAAGCUGGUGGCUGGGGACAUGAAGGCGGGUGUGGAAGUGAGUAGGAGAGAGGAGGAUGGGUAUUUCUCCAAGGAAAAUAUUAAGGAGGCUGUGGAGACUGUGAUGGUGGAUGUAGACAAGGAAGCAGGCGUUUCCAUAAGACAGAAUCACAUGAAAUGGAAGGACUUUCUGCUGAAUGCAGAGAUACAGGACAAGCUUAUUUCGAAUUUGGUUGAACAGUUGAAAGCUAUGGCGUAGAACUAGGUUUGUAUUUAAGAAAUACAUAAAUAAAUAAAUUAAGGAUAAAAUAUGUAUGCUAUUUUAUAUUUAUCUAUGUAUUUCCACCCCACUUUAGUUAUUUGAAAUAAAUAAGUUAAUCUUUAUUAA